CUAAGUGGAAUGUAAGAGUAUAAAAGAGGAGUAUAAAGAUUUGUAAAGUAACAAGAUGACCAGUUUAAUUAUUUAACACAAAAAAUAGUCGUUUGAGAAAGUUUAGUUGAGAGUUUUUUUUUUAGUCAUGGGGUUUGAGCCUACAGUCCUGCUAGUGGUUUCCACACUUACAACUGCACUUCCUGGGUUAUAAAGACAGAGAUAUUAUCCUCCGUGGUGGCUUUAUGCCUGCUUGUGCUAAAGAUAUUUAGCACCAGCAAAUUGUUGAAAAGAUCGUCCUGGUUGGUGUUCCACGUGUUUUUGGAAUAAAUGCAGGAGCUUUUUAGUUAUGAGCUGUUUCUUUGGUCAAUAUACCUCAACCUUAUUUGAUCUACCCACGGUCUCCCACUGUAUCUCUCUUCUGUGGUUAUGUGAGUAAUAAGUUAUAUCAAGCAAUGGUCUUAUGAUGGUGUAAGUAAAUUUGUCGCAGUAACCUGUUCUGAACACUUUUCUGGUAGUUCUGUACUCUUUGAGCAUCUUGAAUCUGGUCUAAUAGCACCAUUUUGUGCUGAUGGAACCACACAAGCCACUUUGAGAACCUUGCUAAACAGAACUGCAUUUUUGUCAAGGCAAGUCUUUGGAGCUUAAUGGUGGCAUCUGGAACUCUGUUUUCUUCAUUAAGAUAAAGAUGCAUCAGUUUUGCAGUUAGUGUGCAGGAGUUGGAUGUAGCCUGUGGUCCAGUCUGCAUAUACUGUAGAAGAGUAAGACAGAUGGGAGAGCUGGUCGGCUCUAGUUUGCUUUUAGCCCAGAACAGACUUCCUGCUUGCGGCAAUUUUGUUUCCUUGCACACCGUUUAAAUUAUUACUCUUCCCUGCUAGCAUCAUCAUCAAGAACUGAAGGCCUGUUCCUCAAAACAAGCUUCUUCAGCUUCUUGAGCACAAACCUAUUGAGCUAUGAUCUUGUUUGUCAAGACGCGUUUUCAAAGCUCAAAUUUUUCUGUCUCACAAUGACACAGAAAUUUACCCAGCCUGUUAGUUCCUCUAUUUAUUUAAUGACAUUCAGCUACUUAUGGUGGAUUCCUCUUAUCGACCCAGGAAGAGAGGGGACAUAAGGGGUCACACUGUAAAAACUGUAAAACACUCAUUUUAUUACCAUAUUUGAUCUUGCCUUGUAUGCGCCUCCACAUAUGCUUUGAUAUUGUGAACUGCUUUGUGUGCAGCUAUUCUGUUUUUCUCUUUACACUUCAGCUUCAAGUCUCUGCAGUUCCUUGAGCUUUCGAGUUAUGACCUUUUUUUUUUUUUUACAGAAUACGCUGAAGUGUCCUUUCUAUGCAGUGCCAAGGCUCAUGCACACAGCAGCUCUACACAUAAUACAGCCUUCUCAGAAUCAUUCUGCAUGGCUGAGCUUUUGAGAGUCUCUUCCUGAGACCGUUAUCAGGAUGCCCACAGACUAUUUGAUCUCUCAUGAGAAAAUUACUAAUUACUACAUUUGACACAUCUGAUGGUUUCGUCUCGUUAGAGUGAACUACUUUGCUUUUAACAUGUUCCUGGUUUACUCUCCCGUUAGUGACCUCGGUACAGCAUGUGGAAAUGAAAUUACAGACUCUGUGCUUCUGCAUAAAACAGCAUUAGGUGUUGGCAAGUCAAACUAACCACAUCUCAAGCAUGAUGCAUGUCUCUAUAUAGCUCUGCAGUCGUGACAAAAAAGUGAAGUGUGAAAAACAGAAACUACAGACAUCAGCAUUUCAUUUCGGUUUUGACUUAGAACCCUGAAGGACAAGUCUGUUUCUGAAUUCUGAAGAACUGUUUAGUGUCUGAUUCUGAAUGGCAGUGAUGUUGAACAGCAGCAGUACUACAACAUUCAGCACUGAAUUUAUUUCUACAACUGAAUUUGAUUAUGGUGGUUUACCUCCUGAACCGUGUGAAUACGGCCCCCAUUCAAGCCACAUUCUCCCGGUGCUCUACUCCGUGUUCUUCGUGGUGGGUUUGCUGGGAAACCUGCUGGUGCUGUGGGUGAUCCUGAGAGGUUCUCAUAUUAAAACCCUGACUGACGUGUCUCUCCUGAACCUGAUCAUUUCUGACCUUCUGCUAAUCUCCACUCUCCCCUUUUUGGCUCAUUAUGCCAGAGAUCACUGGGUUUUUGGUAGGUUCAUGUGCACCCUGGUCCUCAGCGUGUACCACAUUGGGUUUUACGCCGGCAUUUUCUUUAUUGUGCUGAUGAGCAUUGACAGAUACUUGGCGAUCGUCCAUGCCGUGUUCUCUUUGAGAAUCCGUACAAAGACUUAUGGGAUUUUAGCGAGCAUCUUCAUCUGGAUUCUCGCUGUUGCGUCUUCAUUUCCUGAACUUCUGUAUCUUGGAGUCAUAAACAAUGGAACUGAAACACUUUGCAGCGCGUAUCCAGAAAAUAAUCACCAUGAUAUAAAAAGUGGGUCAAUAUUUAAAAUGAAUGUUUUGGGGCUGCUAAUUCCACUGAGCAUCUUAGGAUUUUGUUACUUCAUGAUCCUCCGGAGGCUUCAGACCCUUCGUACUUCUACAAAACUGGCUAUUCGUCUUGUUAUUGUGGUCAUGGUGGUGUUCUUCUGCUGCUGGAUACCGUACAACAUCGCAGCGUUCCUCAAGGCACUGGAACUGAAGCACAUCCUGACUCCAGGGUGUGAACUCAGCAAAACCAUCCAGCUGCUGCUGCAGAUCACUGAAGCCGUGGCGUAUUCACACAGCUGCCUCAAUCCGUUCCUCUACGUGUUUGUGGGUGAAAAGUUCAGGAAACAUCUCGCCAGACUUCUGCUUCAGACACCAUGCAGCCAAGUGCAGUGUAUGAAGAUCUACAUGACCAGAGCUGCAGCUUCAGUGUAUUCACAGACCACAAGUGUGGAUGAAAGACAUACGGAUGGAACCCAGCAUAUAGAAACAGCUACAUAAGAUAGAAGUAAGAAAAACAAGCUUGUAUUUACAUGUGUAAUUUACACCAUAUGGACAAAAUAUUGGGACACCAGACUUUUCCAGCCAUAUGCAGUUCUUCCCCAAACUGUUACCACAAAUUUAGAAGCAAACAAUUUUAUCGGACGUCUGUGGAUGUGAUGGCAUUAGAUUUUCCUCAAAACCAGCUCCAUAUAUUCCAUAUAUUCGACAUUUUAAAACUUAAUUUUAUUCAUAUAUGCAUUGUUUCUUUAUUUCUAUUUUCUUGUAAGAUUUGCAAUUAUUCAGACUAUUUUUUAUUUACAGUGAAUGUUUUUCACCUUCAUGUUGUAUUAAAGUGACCUUUUGUAUGUUGAACAUAAAUAAAGUUUUGAUUUAU